AUGGAUGUAAUCGAAUACCUCCAAGAGCGGCGAUUGGCUCUUCUUGUUGGCGAAAUCAAGCUCCUGGAAGAACGGCAGCUUCAUCACAAGUUACUCGAAAACUCGCGACGCAAGACGCACAGGAUGCGGCGCAUGGCACGGAACACCCUUUACCUGGCGCUCGCCUCGGGUCUUUGGCUGGUGUACAAAAUCAUGGUUUACAAGGGCGUCCAUCCGCGCGAAGUUUCAUUGCUCUGCAUCUUGGUAGUUGCAGCCGUAAAAGUCUUGCGUGAUUACAUGGAUGUGGAGGAGGGUGAACUUCCACGUGGGUUUGUGCUCAUAUUCACCGCAUUGCCGGUCGCUUGGCCUGCGCUGCUCGCGUUGGAGGUUGCUUUGGGAGAUGAGACGCUGCAUUGUGGUACAAAUCCCUUCUCUGGCGCUCUCUUGCUUCUGCUCUACAUUCCGCUAAAUACCAGUGCUAGUAACCUCGACCAGGUUCUUCUCCGCACGUCGGUCGCCUUAGUUCUCCUGAUGGUGUACAAACACUUGGCCUCCAUGGGCGCCUCGCACAUUGCAUCCCUAACAUUCUUCUUUAGGUUGGGUGCGGCCACGCAUGUGGCGCACGGUCACAUUGAGGCGACCAAGGGUGCCUUGUCACGUAGAACUGUGCUCAUCUCCCUCGCGAUGCCGGGCUUCUGGGCUGUGCUGCUGGUGUAUGAUCUGACCCUGCGUGAUAAGGGUACCUCGUCCACUGAGACCUGCUACUAA